AUGAUUAAAAUCUCACAACUUACUAAUCAAGGAACUAUCAACUUUAAUAAUAACAAGAUAACAAUUAGCACAUUGACAAGUACUAAUAACGAAAUCGAAAAUAGUGUUAGUUUAAACUUCAAUAAUGAUUUAAAACUAAUUGAAAAUGAUAUUUCACGAGUUAAACAAUUAACAGAAAAUUAUAAAAAUAGUUUAAAUGGAUGGAUACAAGAAGAAAGUAUAGAACUUCAAAACCUUUGGGCUGAAAAGAGAAACCCAGGACUAAAUCAAUAUUUAAAACAAUUAUCAGAAUGGACAAAUAAAACAGUUUCUAAUAUCAUUUAUGAUUCUAACAUUAAUAAUAAUUUUAAUGAAAUGGUUAUUUCAAAAUGUAAAAGCCUUAAUAAUUUAAUGUUUGUUAUUGAAACUGAUGGUGGAAAUAUAUUCGGAUCAUAUCAUACAAUUCUUCCACCAAAACCAAGCCAAUGGAUAUUAAGAGAUAAGGGUCAUUUUGUAUUUUCUUUGGUAAAUCCAUAUGGAACUAAACCAGUUAAAUUUACUCCUAUUAUUGAUGAAUGUUAUCCAUUAUGGUUUUAUAAAUCCACUCCUUCACUAUUUUGUGUACAAUCUUUCUGUCAUAUUUCUACAAAUAAACAAUGUUAUAUUAAUUCUAAAGAAUGGAGUGGUAAAUCAUUUAAUGAAACGUAUAAUGAUACUGUUGGAAAAGGUGGAAAUAUUUUUACUAAAACUGUCUUUCCAUCUCACUUUGGUUUAAAAAGACUAGUUGUUUUAACGUGGAGAUAA